GAUUGUAGAAAUGUCUGGAAGAGGAAAGACCGGCGGUAAAGCUCGCUCUAAGGCCAGAUCUCGUUCCUCCCGGGCUGGACUGCAGUUCCCGGUGGGCCGUGUUCACAGGCUGCUGAGAAAGGGCAACUAUGCUGAGCGAGUGGGUGCCGGAGCCCCGGUCUAUCUGGCUGCUGUGCUGGAGUAUCUGACGGCUGAAAUCCUCGAGCUGGCCGGUAACGCGGCCCGGGACAACAAGAAGACCCGCAUCAUCCCCAGACACCUGCAGCUGGCCGUCCGCAACGACGAGGAGCUCAACAAGCUGCUGGGAGGGGUGACCAUCGCUCAGGGCGGGGUGCUGCCUAAUAUCCAGGCCGUGCUGCUGCCCAAGAAAACCAGCACCGCUGCGGGCUCGAAGACCAAGUGAAGCGGCCAUUCUUUAACCUAAUAACCCAAAGGCUCUUUUCAGAGCCACUCACAGAGUCUGUGAAAGGGCUACUCUGUCAGGGAGUCAGAUGGAAUUGUAAAGGUGGAGUGGUCUGUUCCUGAAUUGUUUGUGUUGUCAGUUGCCUCUUUACAUUGCGCUGUUUCUUUGCUCACACAUCUCCCGCUUUAGUGAAGAAUAUAAGGCCGGGGUGUCUGACUCAUUUCAGAACCACCCACUAAAAGGGUGACCUAGUGUCUGCCCGUUGCGUGCUGAAUUUAAGUGAUUUUGCAGCAUUAUUUAAUUGCGAAGUGAUUUAAUCAGCCACAGGUUUAUUCAGACACACACUUCCUACUCAUAGCGUUGCGAUA